AUGGCGGCACCUCGAUCUACGCUCCUCACGGCUCUGCCGUCCGAGAUCCUGCACAGCAUCGUCGUGCGCCUCCCGGACCCCACCAAUUUUGCCAUUGCCAGCAGCGGCAGCCUGCAGCUGUGCCGAAGGUUUGACGUCGAAUGGUUCCGGGCGCAGCACCCACUCGCAGCGCCCGGGCGGCCGUGGCAGUAUGCAGCAGUGACAUGGCGACGGCUGCAGCAGCAGACAGCUGAGGGCAUGGUGCUGUGGAUGCUGCGCUACGCCAAACAUUAUCAGCAGCAGCAGCAGCAGCAGCAGCAGCAGCAGCAGCGGCAGCAGCAACGGCAGCAGCAGCAGGACCAGCAGCAGGACCAGCAGCAGGACCAGCAGCAGGACCAGCAGCAGGAGCAGCAGCAGCAGGAGCAGCAGUACCAGCAGCAACAGCAGCAUCGUGCAGCACGAGACGUUUCGGCCGCAGAGGCGCGCCUGCUGUUGCACGGCGACGCCGUGGGAGCGCUGCUGGCGCUUUGCGGGCCCACGGCGCCCCUGCUGCUCCUGCCCUACGCGGCCCAGGGAGGCGUCGCGGCGCUGCUGCAGCCCCAGGCGCUGCGCCGCCUGCUGUGCCCAGCGGAGGGCUUUUGCCUAGGGGAAUACACCGAGCUGGUGACUCCGCGCGACCAGAUUGUCGCGGCUGCCAAGUCGGCCCUGCUGGCCGGCCGGUGGGCUGACGCAAUGGACAUCGUCCGCAUAGCGCACGACGGCGGCUCGGAUGCGACGGCAGCCAUGCUUGCAGACCUGCAGCCCUUUGCCGUCCGCCGCUGCGCCGCCAGCGUCGUGCGGAGCGCGCUGGCGGGCGGGCUCCUCUGCGAGCCCGAGGACCUGCGCCGCGCGUUCGGCGCGCGCGCGGCCGGCGGCGACGCGGCGCAGGUGUUCACGAUCUGCCACAAACAGCUCAGCGCUUCCAUCUCGAAGCAGCGCUGCGAAGACCUUGAGCUUUGCGACCAAGGCCACGUGCGCGCCUGCCGCGAGGCAACGGCCGCGGCGAGCUGGGAUGCCGCCGCGCAGCUGUGCCUGCGGGGCGCGCAGGUGGGCCCGCGGCCGGCGCUCUGCGAGCCGGGGGUGCAGGAGCAGCUGCUGCUGCUGGCAACUGAGCAGCCCAGCCUCCGCGUCUCAAGGGUCGGAGAGCUCGUCGCCGCCGCGGCGACGUGCGCGGCGACGCUGUCCGACACGCAGCUGCACGGGCAGGUGCUGCGCGGCGCGUGCUCCGCGCUGGCCGCGUCCGGCGAGCGCCGCGAGCUGCCCCAAGCACUGGCGGACGCCGUCUGCCGCCUUGCGGCAAACGGCGGCCCCUGGCGCGAGGGCUGGGGCACCCCCGACUGCUGGGAAAACGUGCUCCCUAUUCUGGCGCCCGCGGCGCUGUUUGCGGCCCUCGACGAGGUCUGGGCGGAGGCGCGGCGCCGGGGGAUCGCGAUGGAAGUCCUGCAGGCGGUGGUGGCGGCCCUGGACCCGCCGGGCGAGGCCGCCCCGCAGUACAAGACGCUGUCGAUGGCCGGCCGCGCGUGGCUGGCACCACGCCUGGCCCGCGCGGGCCUGCGGCUGGGGGCGCGCCGCGCCCGGCCGGCGACGCGCGCUAUGCAGAGGCAGAUGGCGGGGUGCUGGCCCGGCCUGGGCGCAGCGGGGGGCGAGGAAGAGUCGGAGGACAUGGCAUACGCAUACUUUGCUGCCAUGUACGAUGAGUGCGAGUGGGGUACGCAGGGCCCGGUAUCUCAGCGGCUGCAGCUGGGUGUCAUGCGAGCGGUGCGGGGCGGCACGGCGCCGGAUGUGGAGCGCGCACUGAGCAAGCAAUGGGCUCUGCAAAGCCAGAUCUUGAACAAGCUGCAGGCGGCGGCGCUGGCGGAGUUGGAAGCGCUCGGCGGGGCGGGGGCCUGGGCCAGCCGCCCCAUGUUCCGGGCCUGGGUGGACGAGCUGUCUGUGAUGCAGGACUACGUCAACUGCGCGGCCGCGCGCGCAGCCGAGGCGGGGCGCUCCCCCCACCUGCUGGCGGUGCUGGGCAGCCGGCAGGCGCAGCGCCUGGCGACUCACCAUGACUACGGACCCAUGGACCCUUGGGGCAGGGUCCAGGGGCAGGCGAGCGCCGCCCUGAGUGGGAUGAUCGGCGCCAUCCGCGGCGGCCAUCUGGAGGACAUGUCGUGGUCGGGCUUAGGGGUGACCUGGUAUGACCUCGUUUCCUGGCUCUCAUUCGUCCAGCAAUGCGGGGGCAUGGCGUGGAGCGACAGCCUGCACGCGCUGCUCGGCGGCCGCGUGUGCGGCGGCGCCCAUACGCGGCCGCCAGCCGAGGGCGAGGCGGCCUUUGCGCCGCUGCGCCGCGUCCUCUCUAUGUUGGGCAAACGCGGGUCGGGGCUCGACGUGGUGAUGCAUCUCUAUGGGGACGACCCGUCCUUUUUCGCGCGGGUGGAGGAUGGGGAGCUUAUGGCGUGGCUCGAGGCCGAAGACCAUCCGCGCGCGUGGGCGGGGGGCGUGCGGGCUUCGGUGGCGCACCACCUGCUUCGCUGCGCCGGCGGGGCGGACGCCCUGCGGGCGGCGGUCAGCUGGCUGGCGGUCGCGGAUUGGGAGGAGGUUGGGUGA